AUGUCGCUCCUUCCGACGCUCAGCGCACCGGCGGCACCGCCCGUGCUGUCGUCGAGCAUGGCGGUGGGUGCGUGCAGCGCAUUCACGCUGUCUUACGUCGGCGGCCUGUACCUGUUCAAGUCGACGCGCGUCGGAUCAGCCGGUGCCAAGGAUGCGGAUGGCCGGCCGCUCAGCAAGGACGAUCCCGCCGUCAUCCGGGCGCGCCUCAAGGUGGCCUCGUGGAGCAGUGCAAUCAGCCUCGUCGGCACAGCCGCCCUCCUCCGUUACCGGGGCGCCGUCGUCGACCCAUCACCCCUCUUUGCCACGCUUCAGUCGAUGCGCCUGCUCGGGCUUCCCCUGCCUUCUCCGUCCUUGCUCUCGUCCUCCGUCAUCCCCCUCUCGCCGCCCCUCUUUACCUUCCUGCUCGGCCUCGGCAAGGCUGCCGUCUACCCGCUCCUCCUCACGGCGACCCUCUACUGCGGCCCUCUGUACGUCAGCUACCUAGAACAGGAGCUGCCUGGCCAGGCCGCCUUCAACUACGACCGCGAUGUCGCGAGCAAAUGGAGGACGCUGCAGGGGAUCCGCAACUACAUUGUCGGCCCCUUGACCGAGGAGCUCGUCUUCCGCUCCUGCAUCCUCAGCAUCAUGUUCUACUCGGGCGCCUCGGCCCGCAGCAUGAUCUUCGCCAGUCCGCUCUACUUCGGCGUCGCGCACCUACACCACGCCUGGGGCACAUACGUCGCUGGCGGGCGGACAAGGGACGCGCUCAAGCGCGGACUGCUGCAGUCUGCGUUCCAGUUCAUCUAUACCGGCCUGUUUGGCUGGUACGCCAACUUUCUCUUCAUGCGGACGGGCACCAUCGUGGGCCCGCUGCUCUCGCACGUCUUUUGCAACACCAUGGGCCUGCCCAACCCGUUCGCGGCGUCCGAAUGGCAUCCCAAGAAGAAGGCGGCCAUCCAUCUGGCCCACCUUGCGGGCAUCGUGGGCUUCGCCAAGCUCCUCUUCACCUUGACCGAGCCGCGCCUGUUUGGCGGGUCGCUGUACUGGUCAUAA